AUGAUGAAAAGAAUAUUAAGAAAGGCUCUUAAGAGAGCCUGCCUUAGUUAUGAGGAAAUGUGUACCGUUUUGUGUAACUGUGAAGCUAUCCUAAAUGAUAGACCUUUAACAGUUGUAUCGGCUGAUUCAAGUCUCACUUCCAUAACACCUGGAAAUUUUUUACGAGAAAUACAAAACUAUUCAGUGCCAAUUGUGAAACAUGACUUCAAUUCUAACUUUUAUAAACGUAGAUUGCGUUAUAUCCAAAAUGUUAACCAGGUUUUCAAGAAAAGAUUUCGCCAGGAAUAUCUGGGAACUUUGAAAACAACAAGCAAAAAAUUCGCUAGAAGUUGUAAAUUAAAAGAAGGAGACAUUGUCUUAAUUGGAAGCGAUGACAAAAGGAGAUUAAAUUGGCCUCUUGGUAAAAUCAUACAAUUAUUUCCAGGUACCGACGGUGAAAGUCGACGAGCCAGAAUUAAAGUGCAAAAUGGAGAAGUCAUAAGAGCUGUACAAAAUCUUUAUCCUUUGGAAUUAUCGACUGCCGAGGAACUUCCAUCGAAAUUCAGCGGAAGUCAACGAUGCGAAAAUAUUUCGGGUAGAGCAAACUCCAAUUGA